AAACAAUUUUCGAUUUCACACAGCGCUGGUGUCCUUAUAGGGAUAUAAAAUGCGCACGAGUUAUAAAAGGAAUCGGCCCUUCGAUUUCAAACUUAUUGAUCUGGUUGAGCCCAAUCCUGUUCUCUACCAACGAACGGGACUGUCCAAUUACGAGGCUAUGAAAGCCAAGAACUUAAUUUGGGAUAAAAUUGCGCAGCUUAUGGGUCGGAAUGUGGAGUUUUGUUUAAAGCGUUGGAACAACCUUCGCUAUCAAUUUAAAAAGGAAUUGCGGAGAACUGAGAAGCUAUGUCCAAAACUUGGAGUCGUCCGUAGAUCCACAUGGCCAUACCUCGAACGAUUGCGUUUCCUGAUUGACACGGAACCAAAACAAAAGUGUAGAGUACCCACCAAUCUUGGUGAACAAACUGAAAUGGAAGCUACGCCAGAAGCAACAACUUCUGCACCUUUGGAACAAGGGGUGUGGCAAACAUACGAUGGGUGUCUGGUAAUGCAGGUUACCCAAACCGAACAACCUGAUGCGUCGACAUUUAUAGACGGAGACGACAGUUUCAUAAUCGAAGAAAUUAUUGAAGGCCCAGGUGAACAGAUGAUAAAAGAAGAUGCAACUUACGCAAAUUAUAGAGAACAGCAGCAAACACUUCAAAAUCAACCUACACAGAUUAAACCACAGAGACCAGCAUCAUCAGCUGUUAGUUUAGAACCAUUUCUCGAUGAAAUCGAUGAAAACGUAAGUUUCCUUAAUGUGGACAGCUUACUAUCACAGCUUAAGGCCGUACAGCGGGAACGCGCCGAACGACGGGUGUUCGCUUUCCUCCUCAAAUGCCAACUACGAUCAUUACUUAACGAACCCAUUGACGAUUUAGUUAUUUAAUUAGCAUUAGGCAUAACAAACUUCAUCUUCUCUAGAAUUAAAACCUCGCACACACCUUA